CCGGUGACGGGAAGUGACGUAUUCGAGUUGACGGAAGGCGGCGCGAGCGAGGGGUUUAAACGGCUUUUUUUUUAAAAAAAACGGUAUUUUCGGAGCCGCGACAGGAGGCCCGCGAUCCCCCCCCGCGCUUAUUGUUGAGUAUCUCAUCCUCAUCCGGGGGUAUGGGCGGCAGCUCGUUCUCAGAUCUUUCACAUCAUUAACACAGCAACUGAUGUAAGAAAACUUUGUACCAACUAUACCAAAUCACUUAGAUGUUUAUUUUCACCUUUGUGAAUCCUUCUGCCAGAAUCAUUUACUACCUGCAAACUGCCAUGCCAUUGAUCGUUAGGAAGCAUUCUGUUUGGUCAGUCUUGAAACAGUUGAAGACCUCAAACAUGGUGUUGAAACAUGAUUGGCAGAUCUUUGUAAAUUGGUACCAGUCAAAAAAAUACACCAAGAGUACAUUUAACCCUUCUGGAUUUACAGAUGUGCUGAUUAGCCUUUGCCAGAGUAGACGUUUUAUAAUUGAGGAUAUAAUUACACAAGAAGCUCUUCUCAAUGGCAGUUACAGCUAUGGCCCUUUGGGAAUGGAACUGAAGAAGAACUUGAUCACAAAGUGGUGGGACUCAAUGGUGUUGUCUAAAGAGCGUGUAUUUGGGAUUGAGACGCCUCAACACAUGAUAGGCUCUCUAAAUUCAGAGGAUAAGACAAUGACAUUAGUAGAGACUGAAGUAUUGAGAGCAAUCUUGCGCAACAAGAACCUCAGUAUGAAAGAGACAAUUGCCUCACUAGAAGAAUUAUUGAAGAAGAGUGCAAUAUUACGUUCCAAUCUUCUGGAAGGAGCAUUCCAGCUGUAUGCAAAGUCAUUGAACCUUGUAAACGAGAAGCUACCUUUUGGUUUAGCUGAGGUCGGUGUGUGUUAUCAACCUGUUGCAACUGAACAUGAAACUACAAGCAGUGCUGUCAGAACAGGAGAAGUGGAAGUGGCAUCACUUGUAUGGUUCAGCUCUCCUCGAACUUCAGGACAGUGGCGAGACUACUGGGUGCGUCAGCGGUUACUCUGGUGGAGGAAGUUUGCCAGACAUCCAUCCAGCUUUACAGCCAAUGAUUUCCAGGACGAAAAUGGAAUUAAAGGAACUGCAUUGUAUUUCAGCUUUCCAUGGGGAAAGGAACCAAUUGAAACACUUCUAAGUUUGGAAGAAAAGGAAGUUGUGCUCAAACAUCUGGGGAGCAAAUCAGAGUUACAAGGCCGAGAUGGCAGGAAGACUGUCGUUCCACAUGUUUUGUCAGUGAGUGGGAAUCUAGAUCGAGGAGUGAUGGCUUAUUUGACUGAUUCACUGCACUUGUCUGAACAAAUUGAUUCAAAAUGUAGUUGUAACCAAAAGCAAGUUCUAAAGCUGCAUCCGUUUCUUGUGCCAAUUAAAGUGGCUUUGGACGUAGGGAGGGGAUCCACAGGAGAACUGCGUCAAGUAUGUGAGGGGCUAUUCCGACAGAUGUUGGAAAAAAGAAUCAAUACGUGGCCUGGCUAUCUGGAAACUGCGCAAGUAUCAAUGGAACAGCUGUUCACAAAGUAUGAUGAGAUGGGUGUGAUUUUCACCAUUGUCAUCAACGAAAGCACUUUAGAAAGUGGCUUAGUACAGCUAAGGAACCGUGAUACUACAAUGAAGGAAACGAUGCACAUCUCAGAAGUAAUAGAAUUUCUCACCAAGUACAUUCAGGAGUCUUGAAAAUUGACCAUCGAUAAAUAGUUCACAUUAGUUUCAUAUUUGUGUGUGUGUUGCCUGAAGAAAUAUGAAUGUGCACUUGUUAACGGUGGGGGUGAAAUUAAUACUGAGCAGGUAAACUUUUGGAACAGAGCUGAGUAAGUGGUACUGGCCUGCUGGGUCAAUAAUUGCAUGCUCAUAUAAGCUGAGUUGUGUUGCUGUUUGUGUAUACUUUUGCUGACUACCUCAAUGUUCUAUGUUAUUGAUUCUGUGCAGAUCUUGCACUGCAUGUAGGAAUUGGUUGUAUAAUCACGUGCCCCACUACUACAUGGAAUUAAUGAUCAGUGAAUUAUGAUUACCAGACCAAGUAUGAAUUUAAAUAUGUAAUCCUGAAAAUCAUCUAAUCAACAGUGAAAACUGCUCUUAAAACUUUUUUUAAAAUCAGAUUUGCAACAUUAUUUUCAACAACAUUUGAUUUCCAUCUCUAUUAUUUCAGAUCUGAAUUUAAUUCAUAUUUUACUAUCAAUGAUAUUUUUUGAAGUGAUUUAAGAUGUUACUGCUGCUGUAUCUUUGCAAUUAUGAUAGAACGAGGUUCUACCAUAAAAUGAUGUUGGAACAAUUUUUUUCGGUCUUGCAUUGUUCUCCAGAAACAAAGAAUGAAUAACAAAAUGUUUUGAAUCUGGAAUGAGGUAAACAGAAACUGCAAAACAUAUCGUAUAUACUAAUGAAGUUUGAAAAGGAAAAAAACAGUUUGGGUUUAACAGUACUUUACUUCACAGACAACAGCAGACUUCAAUCUAUUUGGUGGUCUAUCAACCAAGAGUGUAAGUUGCUAUUCUGAGGAGACUGGAAUGAUUGACUUCGUUGACCUAAUUUAGAACUUGCUGUUUAGAAUUUGUUCAAACUCAUUCAGCUAAAACCACACUCUUUACCCUCUGUGGCUUCACCUGUGUUGUUUACUUGUAAUAAGAGGUCAGCCAUUAACCCGUGUGAAAGGCACUAUAUAAAUGCAAAUUGUUGUUUUGCUGUAAAACUAUUGGUGUGAACUACAGUAAACUUCUGAUAACUCGUCACUCCAAGGGAAAGGAGCGAC